GUGGUCGUAUGAGCUGAUCCGCCCAUUAAACACCACACACAUCUUCAGACACAACUAUAUACCAUCUGUCUCUCAGGAGAAGAUCACUCACUAUAAGGAUCCAGACAAGCAACAGUUAUCCAUGAAGCUGUAGUCAGAGAGACUGUGGAUGAUGGGUUGUCUCAUGGUCACUGGGGGUCUCCUUGUAAUUCUACUGUUCCAUCCUCCAGCAGCUCAGAUGGAGAGCCCAGAUACAGAUGUGGAGGACGUGAGGUUCGAAGAGUUUUGUCUGAAAAUCUCUGAUGAUUCGCACUGUACAACCGCUGAACCAGAGCCCAGACAAACAGUUACCAACAAGAGCACACAACUGGCAAUGUCUUCACCGUCAGAUGACAAGGAAGAUAUAAACUCCACUCUUCAACCGGCUGUCAGUUCUUCAUCACUUGUGGCGAACUUCAUGGGCAUCCCACCAGGCCGUGGGAAACUGGGGCCGAUAGAGAGGGAAGGAUGUCGCUGCAAGACGUGGCAGGAACACACAACUGACCAGUCUCUUGUCAUGAGCAUAGAGUUCAGGUUCCCUGCACCGGAUGUGUGUAACUCCACAGAGAUCAUUGAGACACUGGCAGAUGGUAGGAAGGUUUGUGUGAAUACCUCUCUCACAAGAUACCUUGCACCGCUGUUUGGGCCUUCAACUGACCAAGACUGGGAAGGGACCACAACCCCCAGCCCAAACACCUCUGCAGUAUCCCCGUCUCCAACCACACAGAUAGAGGAACAAAUAAGCAUUACACCCCCAGGACCCCAAGCACCCCCAGGACCUCCAGCCCCCCCAGCACCCCCAGGACCCCCAGCCCCCCCAGGACCCCCAGCAACCCCAGGACCCCCAGCACCCAAUGGGUCCUCAGGACGCUUUGGACAACAGGGACCUAGUCUGCAGAGAUGCAUGUGCAUCGAGACGGAGAGCAGAAGGAUAGGAAGGCUCAUCUCUAAAAUGCAGUUUUACCCACCCUCUUCAAGCUGCAACGUUGCGGAGGUUAUUGCAACUCUGAAGACGUCAGGUCAAGAGAUUUGCUUGGAAGUCACUGCACCCUGGGUCCGCAAAAUCCUGGAGAAAAUCAACUUACAGUCAGACUCCCCUUGAAGGAGUUAACCUAAUUUCAACACAUCCUCCUGAAUGACGCUAGGCUGAAAAUAAAGUUAUAUUUCAUGAAAGAUGUGUGCUCAGCACAGUAUUUCUUUGAUCCAACAGUUGUUAGUAAGUAGAUGUUGCUGAUUAUUAAAGUGUUACAUGUGUCAGCAGUUUGACACUUCUUAUUUGAUAAAGAUGUUUGAUAUGUGACUAAUUCUUUCCACCCUGGCCUGUACUUGAUUUUACAGGAAAUGGAAAUGUUUUUUUUGGCAUCUGAUUUCUGCUAUUUGGACAACUAAACCACUGAGAGGAAGGGAAAUUUGCUAAUGUAAUUUGAAUUUCACAUUUUAACGACAACUUAAACUCGUUGCAAAUAAACCGCUCACCAACCUUGA